UCUACUGUAACGAUGACUGGGAUGAGCACAUAACCGAUGGGAUGCGCUUACCAACGUCAGUCCACACCACCCACCAGAGGGCGCCACACACCCAUCUAGCUCUGUCUGUCUGUCUGCAUUUACGUACUUAAAUCGUAUGACUGAUUGAUUGAUUGGCUGAUUAACGUGAGAGGAGGAGCAGGCUCUAGUGUAAAAUACAUUAUGUACCAUGUAGCUGUAUACGCCACCUCUGCUCAGGCACCUAGUGGGAGCUAUGGGGUUAAUGUAAAAUCCUUCCGCUACUUCCUUAUCGCUGUCAUGCGAUGUCAUGCUUCUCUCUCUUUUGAGAAAUGCCUGAAUAAUUUGAUGCGGUUGGAGAAAAACGGCAAGUUAUGCGUGCACACUUUUGAUUUUGAAUUGGUCUACUUUAUUUUUCUACCUUGUUUUGUUUCUUCAUAUUAGAACUUGACAUUCUGCUGUGGUGGAAUGUCUGUGCUGUAUGGAGUAAACCCCGUGACUAAGUAAAUAUAUAAUUUCUUCAAACACACAGAGCACUGCAUUUUGAGAUAAAAUGGAUGAAACAAGACGACGAGCUGUUAAAAUAGUUAUUCAGAUAACUUGCCAACUUCUAUGGCUGGCAGGUCUGAUGGUAGGUCUGAGUGGUAUGUACCUGUUGUUGAACUACAGACACAAUGGCCUCUUCUUUGCCCACACAUACAUCAUCCUCCCAGCAUGCCUAGCUCUGGUCAGCGCUACUCUCCUAUUGGCCAGCGGAGGACUGGGCAUCUGGGUGUCCCUCAGAAAGUCAGCCUUGCUACAGGGUGUGUUUGUCUAUCUGCUGGUCAUGGUUUUCUGCCUGGAGGCAACUGCUGCUGCACUGGCCUAUGUCAACGCAGGAAAGGUGGAUUCUGAGCUGGCUCCCUUCAGUAGUGUUUUUCAAAGAUACACAGGAAGAAGUCAGGACCCAUACUCUGAUGCUGUGGACGCCACACAGAAAGAGGGCUGCCAGGUGAAGCUGGAGGAGGCCUUGCUUUUUGUUCUGCAUCUCAUCAUCUGGUCAUCUCUGGCAGUGGCGCUAGUGGAGACUGUAGGGUUUGUGAGUGUGGCUCAGCUGAUGAGGGACCAGCCUCUGUUGGAGUAUGGAAUACUAGACAGGGAGUGGGCCUGAACCAGAGUGGCAGAAAGUAUUCUGGACUGAGAAUCUGUUUUAGAUAUACUAUGUCCUGGAACUUGGUAAAGUUCAUGAUGCUGUGGACCUUAAAGGCCCUGUACAGUCAAAAAUGUGAUUUCCCCCCCCCAGUGUUUUAUAUAAUAAUUCCACACUGAAGUUGGAAGAAUACUAUGAAAUUGUGAAAAUGCUGAUAAUGCCCUUUUAGUGUAAGAGCUGUUUGAAAAGACUGCUCUCUAGGUGUGUGGGUGGGGGGUUAUAGUUGUCUGGGCAGCUCCAGAGCCCCUAGGGUACCAUUACAGGUAAUUGACGUAAUCAUCGCCGAUCUUGUUGGUGAAACUGCUUUAAAAGAGUGAUUAUCUUGCUUUCACUAAACUAAUGUAUACACAUCCGUGAAGGGAGGAAGGAAGCUGUACUCUAAAAGUGUUAAGUGUCCUACACUUCUGCAUACACUUCCUUCGUUUCAUAAGGAUCAACUGGAAUAUGUAAUGGCCACAAUGUUUUGGUUGGUCUGUUUUGUUUUUGUUCACUGAUGUAGAUGCAUGCUUGUUAAAGAAACCACUCCAUCAAAAAAAAUGGUCAACAUGUCACAUGUCCUGCAGAUGACAUAUUAAGGACAUUUUUACACUACCCUGCACGGCUUUUGAGUAAUUGACUGGUUGAAACUAUGUUGUGUGGCUAUUGUUUGAUUGUAACUUACCAGUAUGUAGCUGGGUGAUUCUGCAAUUUAGGGCACUUUGGCCCUGCAAGCUUUCAGAAAUAAAAAGUUAUUGAAACACCA